AUGGGUGACAUGGAGUCCUAUAAAGUGAUGCUGAAUGGGCCAGCACCGUGGGGCUUCAGGCUGCAAGGAGGGAAGGAUUUCAGCAUGCCACUUUCCAUUUCCAGGCUGACACCAGGCGGGAAGGCAGCCCAGGCUGGUGUGGGAGUGGGCGACUGGGUGCUGUACAUCGACGGGGAGAGCACCAGCUCCAUGACACACAUCGAGGCCCAGAACAGGAUCCGUGCCUGUGGGGAUAGGCUCUCCCUCACCCUGAGCAGAGCUCAGAACCAGAUGGGGAAGCCACAGAAGGACUCACUCCCCUGCUCUGAACCCCUGAAAUAUAACUUCGCUCCCAGCACCGCCCUCAACAAAACAGCUCAGCCCUUCGGGGCUGGCUCGCCUCCGAACCCACGGCCUGGGCUGGUGACGAAACCUGUGACGUAUGCGCCCCUGGGGCCCACCUGCACUCCCCAGCACAAUGGGCAGCCAGUGGAACCCCCUAGCACACCUGUCUAUGACCCUGAAAAGCUGAGGCUGAUAGAGGAUGCUGCGGACUGGCGACCCCGCACUGGGACCUCUCAGUCCCGCUCCUUCCAGAAACUGGCCCGGCUGACGGGCACAGAUGGCAUGGAGGAGCAUGCGGAUGAGCUUGUUAAAAAGCCCAGGGAUGCCCGUGGGUCCAGCCAGGGCAUAGGGGAGCAGUGGCAGCCCCUGCAGCCGCUGGAGCCCUCCAGCACCCCUGUGUGUGACCCUGGGAAACUGCGGCUGAUAGAGGACGCUCAGGACUGGCAGCCCCGCACCAGCACCUCCCAGUCCCGCUCCUUCCAGAAACUGGCCCAGCUGGUGGGCACAGAAGGGAUGGAGGAUCAUGAGGAUGAGCUUGUUAAAAAGCCCAGGGAUGCCCGUGGGUCCAGCCAGGGCAAAGGGGAGCAGUGGCAGCCCCUGCAGCCGCUGGAGCCCUCCAGCACCCCUGUGUGUGACCCUGGGAAACUGCGGCUGAUAGAGGACGCUCAGGACUGGCAGCCCCGCACCAGCACCUCCCAGUCCCGCUCCUUCCAGAAACUGGCCCAGCUGGUGGGCACAGAAGGGAUGGAGGAUCAUGAUGAUGUGUUUGUUAAAACACCCAGCCAGGUCUCCGUGCUGGACCCGUCCCCAGGAGCAGCGAUGAAGACUGAGCCAGGACUGGCCCCUAGGACCCCUGCCGCAACCCCUGGCCCUACCAGCCGCCCACCCUGGGCUGUAGACCCCUCAUUUGCUGAGCGCUAUGCCCCGGACAAGACAAGUACGGUGGUGAGCAAGCACAGCCAGCCAGCCACACCGACCCCCAUGCAGAACCGCAGCUCCAUUGUGCAGGCAGCCCAGCAAGGCCCCGAGGGUUCCAACCGCACACCCCUCUGCUACAAGUGCAACAAGGUCAUCAGGGGACGGUACCUGGUGGCACUGGGACAUUAUUACCACCCUGAGGAGUUCACCUGCUGCCAGUGCAGGAAAGUGCUGGAUGAGGGUGGCUUCUUUGAGGAGAAGGGCUCUAUCUUCUGCCCCAAGUGCUAUGACACGCGCUAUGCGCCCAGCUGUGCCAAGUGCAAGAAGAAGAUCACUGGGGAGGUCAUGCAUGCACUGAAGAUGACCUGGCAUGUGCAGUGCUUCAUGUGUGCUGCCUGCAAAACUCCCAUCCGCAACCGUGCGUUCUACAUGGAGGAGGGGCAGCCCUACUGCGAGAGAGACUAUGAGAAGAUGUUUGGCACCAAGUGCCGUGGCUGUGACUUCAAGAUUGAUGCUGGGGACCGGUUCCUGGAGGCGCUGGGAUUCAGCUGGCAUGACACUUGCUUUGUCUGUGCGAUCUGCCAGACCAACCUGGAAGGGAAGACGUUCUACUCGAAGAAGGACAAGCCGCUCUGCAAGAGCCAUGCUUUCUCCCAUGUGUGAGGGGCAGGAGUUCAGCUGUGCCCACACAUGCCCCUGGCCCUGCAUGCUCUUUUCCCCACUGCUGCUGUGCCCAGGGAGCCAGGCUGGGCCCUCACCCCUAUUCCUUGCUCCUUCCUCUUCCCUGACAGCUCCUCACCCAGCUCCAGCUGGAGAGUGCUGGGUCCAGAGCCCCUUAUAGCUGGAUGGCUUCUUCUGUGCUCCUCAGCUCGCCCUAGGAGCCUUGGCACUGGGACACUGCAUGGGUCUCCUGCCUUCUGGCCCCACAGCAUUGUGGCUGCAGCCCUGCUGAGGCUGGAGGUGGGGAGGUUCUGGCACAGCAGGGGCCUACUCCCUUGCUCAGUUGGAGCCCAUCUGCCUGGCAGUUUCAGUACUGGGGUAGGGAUGGUCGCAGCACGUCCCUGAUUGGGUGAGGGCCAGCCCACCCCACGUUCCCUGCUGUGUGCUUAGUGCAUGGCUGGAGACUCAGCCCUGCUCCCCUGCCAGGGCCCUGCCUGCAGCAACACCCUGGCCAUCCUUACACCUGCCGCCCUGGGUUCCUACCUAUCUGUGUGCUUGAGGGUCUGUGCUUCAUGUGCCCCAACCCAGCUGGCCUGCUAAUUCCCUGGGCUGGUGCAGGGGGGCUGGCAUAUGGCAGCACCCCCACACUGGCUGUGCCAGGGAGCAGGGCAGCACACCAAACCCACCUGGUGGUGGGCUCACAGCAUGUGCUGAUGGCUGGUGGGCUCUGCAAGGCUUGGGCAUGGCUUCCUACCAAUGAGUGCUCUGCCACUGCUGUCACAGCCUGUAAGUGCCCCUCCCAAACCCACACUCUUCAGUUGGGCUGCUGCUGAUGUAGCCAU